AUGGCUGAAUCACAGCAAUUUUCCGGACCUACUCCGGUUCAUGUCCUACCCGAUGGUAAUUACGCUCCACCGGUCUUUAUGCCCGGAAUUCCAAGUCAACAAUCGAUGCUCGAAGCUGUCGACAAACUCAAGUUUUUCCUCGCCACUGCGCCUGGUUCUUUUGAUUCUUCACCUUACGACCCUAACGAUCCCGUGGCAAGAGAAGAGCGUUGCCUGAAUAGGUUUCAACUUCCAACUGGCGAACUCAUCUCAUGUGUAUUGUGGAACGGUCUUUACCAUGUUUCCGGGACAGAUAUUGUGCGAGCACUACACUUUCGUUUCGCCGCUUUUGGACGACCAGUGCGAAAUGCAAAGAAGUUCGAAGAAGGCAUUUUCAGUGACUUGCGAAACCUAAAGAGUGGUACGGAUGCCACGCUCGAAGAACCCAAGUCCGAUUUUCUUGAACUCUUGUUCAAAUACAAUUGUAUUCGAACGCAAAAGAAGCAGAAAGUCUUUUAUUGGUUCAGCGUACCUCACGAUCGUUUAUUUUUGGACGCAUUGGAUCGAGAUCUCAAGCGAGAGAAACUAGGUGUCGAGCCUACUACUGAGGCUGUUGCCGAACCUGCUUUAAGCUUUGUAUAUAACCCUAACAAAAGCUUGUUCGAACAAUUCACCGAACAAAAGGCACUCGAAGAAGCUGACGCAGCUGCCCGCGAGUCUGAAAAGGCCACGGACGGUGCAGGUGUACCUGGUGGCGAUGAGGUUAAACCACCUCCGGUAGUCGUCACUGAGCCCAGUGAAGGCUUGUACCGCAACAAACGAAGACCCUCACAAAUCUCUACCUCUGUUGGAGGUCACCAUGCGGCGGAUCAAUCCUCGGGUGCACUUCAGGAAGCUGAUGGCUCCCAAGUUCUUCUUGUGCCACCCCCACCAAGCAACAUGACCUAUCGAUCUCCUAGUGGUCUUAGUAGCAUCGCAUCUGGUGAUGAUUAUCAUCGCUCGCCGCCCCCCAGUCCCGCCACAACCAUCUCGUCUUCCAAGAUGGCACGCACAUUCUCCGAUCCUCAAUCAAACUCGAUCUUUGGUGCAUUCUCUCUCUUUGAAGGUUCUCCGACAUACAAGCAACGAAGGAAGCCAGGUCAAAAACGUCCAACCAAACGCCACGAGAGCUCACCUGGAAUCGGAUCACAUUCUGCUUCGCCUAUGCCUUGUUCGGAGCUUGAUGACCCCUACCACUCUCGACCUUCCUCAUCAGGUGGACUUGGUAUUCCACCCCAUAUGCAUGGUUCUUAUGGAAUGCAUCACGAGGUUGGAAGGAUGCGACAUCCGACACUAUCACCCCACCCACCACUCUCAGCCAUGUCAAACGGAGGCGAGUUUGGUAUUGGAGCUCAUAUCGAUCCUCACUCGAUCGAACACUCUGAACAUCCCUCUAUCCCCGGUACCAAAACUUAUGUUUGUCCAUUAUUCUCUUGUGGCCGAUUUUUCAAACGAUUGGAACAUCUUAAACGUCACUUGAGGAUCCACACUAGUGAGAAGCCGUACCCUUGCACACACUGUGACAAGAGAUUUGCGAGGAGUGACAACCUAGCUGCACACAUCAAGAUCCACGAGAAGAUGGCAGCAAGAGCCGGAUCAGCAAGCUCUUCUGAUCAACGUGCACUCGAAGCCGAAGAGGAGUUGGAUGACCGAAUGACCAAUCUCUUGGAGUCCAUGGAGCAUGUAGAAGAUACCUCUGAGCAUGGUGGUGGUGGAUCUCUUUCGCCGCCCAAUGGAAGGGUCUCUGGCACUGGAGGGAUGAUCGCACAACAGCAACCACAUCAACCAGCAUACUAUCCUUUUCAAGCACAAGGACUUCCGACACCACCUAGCGGAGGAUACUCAGAUCAAUGGUCCGGAUAUCAGCAACAUCCCUAUGUACCCAACUCAGCCGGUCCUCCGAUGAUGACACCUGAUCAGUCACCCGACCCACCAUCAAUGUACGGACUACACGGUAAUAACCGACCUCAUUCGAUUGAAGGUAGCAACAGUUACGGCUUUGAUGCCCGUCGGUUCCGAUCCGCUACUCCGGCAAACGUUCGAAGUAUUGAUGGGUAUGCACGACAUUCAUCAGCAGGCCCAAGGAUCAUACAAGAGGGUGGGAGUGUAGAAUAUCAUGAAAACUCGGGAGGAUCAGGUCCAGCGCCAGGAGGGCCGGGUGUAUUCCAGGCUUCACUGAAUAUGGUCAAUUCAUUGAACGCUGAGAUUGGUGGACAGCAUCCUCAAAUGUUUGAAUUCUACGGUGGUAACGGUGGUAGUGGGAAUCAAGUUCAAGGUCAAGCUCAUCAUGGUCAUGACAACAACGGAAUGCUUCCCCCUUCUAGACCUGCUUCCAGCUACACUCGACAGGGGCAACUAUCGCCACAACUCAUAGAUGAAUUCCAUCAACCCCAACAGCCGCAGUCUCAACAGGGAACAGCAACUACGGUCUCGUAUUAA